AUGUCGCCCUGGACACCUGCCGCUGUUCUCUUUUCAUGUCUUGUCCUUGGUUUUGUGUCAGCUGAACGUCUGUCGUGCUUUGACUGUUGGUUAAAGACAGAUGAGUUAAGCUGUAACAAGACUUAUCUCUGUGAAGAGGACGAGGUAUGCUACAUAACUCGGCUCAUUGGAGAUUUCUACGGAAACCCGUGCUUGUAUAAUCUCGGAUGUAAGAAAGAAGAGGAAUGCAGUUCCCUUCAAGAUCAGCUACAGGCCGGUGAUCCAACACCGACCCGGAUACGUGACGGUGACGCCAUCGACUAUAUGGACUGCUGUACAACUUCCGGUUGUAACUUGCACCGCAUCACGCCCCCAAGUGACACUUGUGUUGUUCAGAAUUAA